AUGGACGCCUUCGAACAAUUAUAUCAGAAAAUUGAUUUUCCUGAACGAUUCAUUGGCAAAUCAACCGAUGGUAAGACAGAUUCAUGGAUUUCAAAAGAAAUAUUACAUAAAAUCAAACAAAAUUAUACGAAAACAGAUUUAGAAGAAAUUAAUAAUCUAAUUAUUACAAAAUAUUUAAACAAAUCUAAUGAAAUACCGAACUUGGUUCCAGGAGUUCACGAUCUAUUCAAACAAAUUCUAAAAAUGAAAGACGUUUCAAUUGGAAUCGCAAGCGGAAACUUCCCAACUAUCGGUUGGAAAAAGCUAGAAAUCACAAAUCUGUUACAGUAUUUCCCAAAUUUGAUCAGUGGAAUGGGAUAUUUUGACACAAGAAUUGAAUGUCUAUUAGAUGCCAAGAAAAACGCUCAAAAACAAAGUAGUAAACAAUUCAAGCGUUUUGUACAUAUUGGAGAUACUAUCAAUGAUGUUGAAUCAGCAAAAGCGGUUAAUUUUACUCCAAUAUUAGUUAAAACAGGUAGGGCUAUACCCGAAUCUAUUAUAUCCACAUUACAUUGUACUGUUGUUGAAAAUUUUGAAGAAGGAAUCGAUAAGAUUCUGCAAACUAUAGCUGAGUAG